AUGGACGAAGACGCAUCCACGUCCGCGUCGGUCGCGUCGACGUCGGCAUCUCCGGCCGCCUGCGCCUCAACUGCAGCGACCGGCACCGAGUCCGAUAGCUCCACUGCGCCGACACCUCAAGCUGAGUCACAAACACCUGCAUCGCUUGCGAUAAGCAAGAAGGCGCCUCUGGUAGGCAAGCGACGUAAGCUGCCGUCGUGCGACUCGUGUCGAUUGAGACGGGUUCUGUGCGUUCCUGUGCCUCCUCCCGGAAGCUGCAGUCGCUGUCUGGACAAGGGGAUAAUGCAAGUAAUGGUCCCUUGCAAGUUGGUACGACUUGUAGGUCUUAUGAAUCUAUCGGACUGACCUCAUUUCUGAACUGUGCGCCGGUAGAUGCACGAGCACUCCGGUGAUUCGAAAGAAGCCCACGGGCAGGACGGGUCGCAGGAUCGAGCAAGCGAGGUGAGUUACGGCUCAGUGUUCUUGCGAUGAAAAACUUUAUCCUGAUGUCCACAGUGGGUACUAGGGCAACGUUUGGCGCGAUGGAGACAAGCUCGUUGGAUUCUGCUCCAGUGGCCGACAGCCAGGCCUGGCGGACUACACAAACUUCGUCGACCCCACUAAGCCAGCCUUCGAUACCUUCUAGCUCAAGAGAAGUUUUGUCACUGCCGAGCUUCUCGACCAAAGAUCUCGAUUCCCGCUUGGCUCAGAUGCAGCUGUCGGGCGAGCUUGUGGCCCAUCUCCUCGGACUUUGGCAGGAGCUGCCCCAAUCCUGGCUCUCUGUGAUUCCUCAAGCACGUCUUAUGUCCGCGUUCGAAGAGUCGGGACGAAGGCUCUCUGCAUUGCCGCCAUAGGCCGAAGUCCUUGCUUACACGAUCAUGGCGCUUACUUCCCGACUGUCGUCGCAUCCGUACAUCCUCGACGACGGUCCUCCAGCGCCGGCAUUCGAGGCAUUCACAUCGCAGAGCCUCAAGGCACGUCCAGACCUACAAGCCUUUGGUGCUCGGCGCGAUGCGGUGUGCGAAAAGAUGCAAGUCAAGGCGGUGCAGUUGGCAUGGGAACGAGGCACGCUGGUCGAGGCCUCGGAGGAGACGAUGGCGAGCUGUCAUUUGCUCGACAUUCUCGAGUCUCGCACGGACACCAAGAAGGGAGUGCUUUAUGUCAGCGCAUUUGUAACGCACCUGCGGACGUUGCUUGACGAGCGAGAUACGAUUGGUGGGGGCGUGACAGGUCUUGUGAAACACCCUGGAUGGUCGGCUCUGAUGGUGAGCUGCGUUUUGGAUCGCCCUUCGAUCUGCCGAAUUUGUCCUGCAGAGGACCAUGCACUAAUUUUGAAUUUCCACAUUAGAUGCGAGAGUCCCUAUCAGCACUUCGAAUGGGUCGGCGAUCACAUUUUUAA